AUGUUGUUGAACUACGGGGUUCUUGCACAACUCGUCAUUGCCGUCCAUGGGAUGUCUAUUCCUUUUGUUGACUCUUAUUUCAAGUCUUCCCAAUCAGUAUUGGCUGGUUCUAUCCAAUCUACUCUUGAUGAUAUUGCCAGUAUCUCUCAAAAGCAACAACAUGUCGACAUCUCCAAGUUGCCACCUCUUGAUUCCGAAGAAUUGCAAUCUUUGAUCAACCCAGAAGACUUGGAAUAUCACGCUAAUGUUCUUUACAACCUUUCAAAGACUUCCAUCGAUGAAUUUGGCAACCCAACUAGAGUUAUUGGCUCAUCUGGUCACUUCGCCACCAUUAACCACAUUUUGAGUGUAUUUAACAAGUACCAUUGGUACUACGAUAUUACGGUUCAACCUUUCACCACCGUCAUCAGCAAAAUCGAAUCCGCAAAACUUUAUCUAAAUAAUGAAGAGCCAGCCAACUACGCUGGUUUGGACUUGACCCCACCAACCAAAAACAAUGGUGAAUUCGUCAAUGGUACCCUUGUUUAUAUUAAGAAUCAAGGUUGUGAAGAUGCCGAUUAUGAAGAUUUGGUUGCUGCUUACGAAAAAGAUUCUUCCGUCGACUAUGUUGCUUUGAUUGAACGUGGUGUUUGUUCAUUUGGUGACAAGUCCCGUAAGGCUGGUAAAUACAAUGCCCAAGCUGCAAUUGUUUUCGACAACGAAGACACCGACGAUAUCUUGCACGGUACCCUUGGCGAACCUCAAGGUGGUGAAGUUCCUUCAAUCUCGAUUGUUCGUAGCCUUGCUAAACAUUAUAUCGACAACUUCUUAAGCCAAGGUAAAACAGUUGAUGUUUCUGUUGCUAUCGAUUCAUAUGUCAAGAGCGUUGUCACCAAGAACGUCAUUGCUGAAACUAGAUUUGGUGACAAGAAUAAUAUUGUUAUGGCAGGUGCCCACACUGACAGUGUCACAGCUGGCCCGGGUAUCAAUGACGAUGGUACUGGUACCAUUUCUCUUCUUGUCCUUGCUGAACAAUUGACUAAAUACCGUCCAACAAACGCUAUUCGUCUUGGUUUCUGGGCUGCUGAAGAAGAAGGUUUGAUUGGCUCCACAUAUUAUGUUGAGCAAUUGACCGCUGAAGAAAAUGCUCGCCACCGUUUAUUCUUGGAUUACGAUAUGAUGGCUUCACCAAACUACGCCUAUCAAGUCUAUGAUGGUAAUAAUAUUGACAACCCAGCUGGCUCCCAAGAAAUCAAGGACUUGUAUAUUGAUUGGUAUGUUUCCCAAGGCCUCAACUACACUUUGAUUCCAUUUGAUGGUCGUUCUGAUUAUGCUGCCUUCAUUGAAAACAACAUCCCAGGUGGUGGUAUUGCAACUGGUGCUGAAGGAAUUAAAACUCCUGAAGAAGUUGCUAUGUUCGGUGGUGAAGCUGGUGAAUGGUAUGACCACUGUUACCAUCAACUCUGUGAUGAUUUGACCAAUGUUGACUAUGAAGCUUGGGAAUUUAACACCAAAUUAAUUGCUCAUUCUGUGGCUACUUAUGGUUUUUCUUUAGAUGGAUUCCCAGCCAAGAAAGCCGCCAGUGAAAUUAACACUCAAUCUAAGGAAACUCCGCAAUUCAAGUACAGAGGUGGUAACUUGAUUUUCUAA